GAUUGAAUCAUUCAUAAUUCUCACCUGUUAAAAAACUCCCCGCCCUUGCCCGAAACGACGACUACUCAUCGUUCUAAUUUUUGAACCUCUCCGUCCAAAUUCUUUCCUUUAAUCCCUUUACCUGUUUUCAAUUCAUCAAAAGAGCGAGUUGCAGAUUCGAUAAUCACCGAAAAGGUAGCUGACAGGCACAUAGCCUUCACACAGUUGAACCUGAUGAUUGAAUGGAUAGGAAGCAGCAUAUUGCAAUAUUUACUACUGCGAGUCUUCCAUGGAUGACUGGAACUGCUGUUAAUCCUCUAUUUCGUGCUGCAUACCUUACAAGAGAUGGAGAGAGAAAGGUUACUUUGGUGAUUCCAUGGCUAUCUUUAAAGGAUCAACAGCUAGUUUACCCCAACGAGAUCACAUUCAAGUCUCCUACAGACCAUGAGGCUUAUGUCCGUCAGUGGGUUGAACAAAGGACUGGAUUUAUAUCUGGAUUUAAUAUAAACUUCUAUCCUGGAAAGUUCUCUACAGAUAAAAGGAGCAUUCUAGCUGUUGGGGAUAUUACGGAAAUCAUUCCUGAUGAAGAGGCAGAUAUUGCUGUCUUAGAAGAGCCUGAGCACCUGACAUGGUACCAUCAUGGACGCAGAUGGAAAACAAAAUUCCGAUUAGUCAUAGGGGUUGUUCACACCAAUUAUUUGGAAUACGUGAAGAGAGAAAGGAAUGGGAUGCAAGCUUUUGUUUUGAAACACAUCAAUAGUUGGGUUAUCCAUAUCUACUGCCACAAGGUUAUAAGAUUAUCUGCUGCAACACAGGAUCUUCGGAAAUCAAUCAUAUGCAACAUCCAUGGAGUCAACCCCAAGUUCAUUGAGGUUGGUAAGAAAAAGCAAGAGCAGCUGAAAAAUGGAAACAAAGCCUUCACAAAGGGUGCAUACUACAUCGGGAAAAUGGUGUGGAGUAAAGGCUAUAGAGAGCUCCUCGAACUACUUAAUGAUCACCAAAAGGAACUGACAGGCCUUCAGGUUGAUUUAUAUGGAAAUGGAGAGGACCAUGAUCAAGUUGAAGCAGCAGCCAGAAAAUUAGAACUUACCAUCAAGGUCCACCCAGGCAGUGACCAUGCUGACCCUUUAUUUCAUGAUUAUAAGGUGUUUCUAAAUCCAAGCACAACAGAUGUUGUCUGCACAACCACAGCUGAAGCACUGGCAAUGGGGAAAAUUGUCAUUUGUGCCAACCAUCCCUCAAAUGAAUUCUUCAAACAAUUUCCAAAUUGCCAUAUAUAUGAUGACGCUGAAGGAUUUGUCAAAGUGACACGCAAGGCACUGGCUGAAGAACCAGUCCCCCAGACUGAUGAAGAUAGACAUGAACUCUCGUGGGAGGCUGCAACAGAGCGGUUUCUGAAGGUAGCUGAGCUCAAUGUGGCCUCCACAAGAAAACCAGAAAAAGCCCCAACAAAGAAUUUUAUGUCAUUGUCAUUGAAUUUGAGGAGGAAGAUCGAGGAUGCUGCUGCAUUUGUGCAUAAUGCAGCUUCUGGGAUUGAAGUUGCACGUAAAGCUUUUGGUGCAAUUCCUGGAAGUCUAGAGCCAGAUGAGGAACAAUGUAAAGAGCUUGGGUUGGCUGUUUCCAAAGAGAAGCAUGGUUCAAAGCGUGGUUCAAGACACUGAUACAGUGGAUGUGCUCUAAUGCAACUUAAAAAAUUAAAAAUUAAAAUUCAUCAGGCACGCUGCAGAAUACAUGUGUAUCAAUCUCCCCAGGAAAUUCUGUGUAUAGGAAGUUUCAAAUGUGAUAUCAGGUAUGAAAAUGUAGGACUAAUGAUUGUUGUGUGCAGGUUGGUGUUGCUGUAAUUGAUCAUACUACUUGAAGUGAUUAGGGCAUUUAACUGUAAUUACAUGUAUGAUAUCCUGAUCAUACUGUGGCUGAGCUAAGGUAAACCUCAAGGCCCCUGGAAGAAAAUUAUUGGUCUGUGCUAGUAGGUGAACCUCAAGAUCUGGGAAAGUAGAUCUGAUUAGAUACAUGUGAUGGCUCUUGUAUGAAGGAAAAAAUCAUUAAAUAAAAAAGGUGGUAAAGGGGGCAUUCCGAGAAUUGAACUCGGGACCUCUCGCACCCUAAGCGAGAAUCAUACCACUAGACCAAAUGCCCAACUUUGAUUUGAUGAGAAAUAUUAUAAUACUAAUCUUAAAUAUUUUUUUU